UGGUUCAAUGAAAGUCAUUGAACUAAGUCAGUGUUUCCCUACUCCAGUCCUCAAGUACCCCCAACAGUAUACAUUUUUGUUAUGGCCCGCGACAAGCACAGCUGAUUCUACUUGACAAGUUGAAUCAUGUGUUUUUGUCCGGGGCUACAAUAAAAAUGUGUGCUGUUGGGGUACUCAAGAAACGGAGUUGGGAAACACUGAACUAAGUAGACCAGACCCAGCUGCAAUUGCAUUGGUGUCUAUGGGAGACUCACCCAGUUAAGAAGAACUGACACAUUUUUUUCAAUGCUAAACGGCCGUAGUGAACUAUCUUCUUUUAUCCACUAUCUUUGAUAAAGGCUCAUCAUAGGAAGGAAGUGGUUGUUACCAUGGUGCCACCAUUAACCUAUUCCUCAGCUAGCUCCUCAAACACACAGACCAGAUCAGACCAGAGAGGAGACUAAAAAUACUUAUAUUAGAGAGGACAGGGAAGGAAGGAGGGACUGAGAGGGGCCACACCAGGAGGAGAGGAUGGAAUAGAUGGAAGAAGGAGAGUGAUAGAUGAUAAGGAAGGAUGAUCUUGGAGAGGGUGGGACAAUUUAUGGGUAGACCAAGGAGGGGGAAAGUCUGUCAGACUGUAUUUGUUUCGGUGCAUGUGUGUCCCUCUCCUGUUUUUGUUGUCCAAGUUGACACAGUCAGGAGAGGAAAGCCUCUCCCAAACCCAGAUCAAACUCCAUGUAGCACCCCUACCCACCACACACACACAAACACGUCUCCCUGCAUGUCACCACAGACAGACCACACAUGUGUUCCAGCUGCUACUCAACUCAGUCACUCACACAUAUACUGUACACUAGACACACAAUAUGAUUCUAAUCUUAUACCACCUUUAUGCUAUACUGUAUGUGCUGUUAGAAGUGCUUUAUGUAUGGGUUUAUGUGAAUAAUCGGCCAACCCGCCGACCCCACAACCACUGACCAAAAACAAAACGACUCAAGGGUAAUAAAUUAUGAAUAAACCACUGCGCUUUUUGUAUAUCUACAGUAUCAUGUGACAUUUACUAUAUGUGAGGCUGUGGGAUUCUGAUAUCUCCAUGUGUGACUGCGUGUCCAUUAGAUCCACAGGUGGAAUGGUGUGUGGGUGUGUUGUGCGUGCUUGUGUGUGUGUGCGCGUGCGUGUGUGUGUGUCCUGUGCUCCCUUACCUACUCAGCCCUUCUCACACCCGUGGGGACAGCAUCACAUUUCUCCAUGACUGACCCUGCCCUGAUGACGCUUGGCUGGCUCUCUGGCUCUCCUCUCUAGCAGUACAGUAUCUGCUGCUCUGUUUAAACCUCCAUGUGUUGAGCAGUAAGUGCGUCCCUCUGCUAAUUUGGCAGGCCCUGCCCUUAUGAAUAAUUUCUCUAUUGUUUUUGCUAAAUGUAAUUCUGCUGCGUGCGUGCGGGUAGUGGGUACUGUGCCCGGGACCUCCGCGCUGACUGCACUGUGGAUUGAGACCCCAAGAGUGCUGGACUAGAAAGGGAGCUGGCAACAAGCCCCCUUCUUUCUACACAUAGACACAGACACAGACACACUUACACACACUGUUCUCUCUGCUGCCCCUCUCUGUCUCUUUAUGUCGUUUCAUUCGUAGGCUACACGUGCAAACACUUUUAUAAACCUAUUGGUUCCUCUGAUGGGCUAAUUGUCAGUUUGAGCAGCUGAGUUCAGCUCUUAGCUCAGUAAACCACAGCCAGCUUAAUGGUAUAAUUACUGAUAAGUGGAAUGAUUGCCACAUACACACUUGAACAUGCAAAAAGGUCAUAUGCCAGCCCACCCUCACACACACAGAGAAACAAACCCCCCCAAAAACACACACACACACACACACACACACACACAGAUAUAUAGUACUUUCACAUUAUCUCAGUUACAGUACAAGUACUGUAAACAACACAGUAUUCAAGCCACACACCUAUGCAACAAAGACAGGCUCAAUCACACACACACACACACACACACAGUGACUCAUCCACUCCCCAGGCCUGGUGACACAGGAGAGAGAAAGAAGAAAAAACUGUGAUUAACAGGAAAGAUGAAGUCAUGCAGAAAACCAACAGAAAACUGUAUUUUCCGUCAUUAUAUAUUUAUCUGUGUGUUAAUGGUGUCUCCGGUGGCAACACGCUGUCCCAGGCAGCCCCAACACACACACAGACACACACAGCGAAACACACACAGUAAAACACACACACAUACACUCCCCACCCCUGGUCUGCCCGUGGCCCCAGGAGGACCAGCCCUCAUUAAGGCUUUAGCUGAAUAUUUAAUGUAGUAUAAUUCUUUCAUAGUUCUGCAUCUCUGUAAUUCGCCUUGAUUUGCGUUUAAAAGGAAACUUUUUAUUUAAUGCAAUGAACUCAUAAUGUUCCCUGGUCGCAAUUGAAAUAAAGAACAAAAGAAAGGAGAGAGAACAGUUUGGAAGAAUAUUGAAUUAUGCCAUGAGAAGAACAACUUCUACCUCAGUCUACAGUACUUUGUGGAUGGAGGGGCGAAAAGGAGGGAUGGAGAGAUGGAGGAGUGGAGGCUCAGUUGGCGGGAUGGAGGGGUAGAGGGUACAGAAGGAUGGAGAAAUGUAGGGAUUGGAAGGGUUGAGGGGUGAAAUGAUGGAGGGCUGAUGGGUAGAGGGGACGGAGGGGAUGGGGAUGAACGGAGAGGAGGGGUUUCAUGGCUUUAGCAGGAUCGGGGUUGAUUUGGAGUUGGAGUCAUGUUUGCUUGGCACUGGCUCUCUUCAUUAGUGUCCCUCUGCAUUAGAGCGAGAGAGAGAGCACUGGAUUAAGGAACCACUAGUCAGCCCAGUGUGUUCUGUGUUUGGCUCGGCUCUCUCACGCUGCCACAGAGCCCAGGCCAGCGAUCAGGCCUCUCUGUGUGUGUGGAUCCAUCCAAGAGUCCCCAUAUUUGAAAGGAGUAGAGAAAUGACUGCCUGGGGUCUGUCUAUAUGAGUAUGUGUGUAUUUGUGAGUGUGUGUUUGUUCCUGGUUGUGGUAAAGGGAAGUUGGGGGGGGGGUGGUUGUGAGGAGUGUGUGGUCCACAUUAGGUCAAAGGGGAGAGCUAUUUUCAUCCUGUCUUAUCCCUCUCUUUCCACCGCUGUCACCAUUCCUUCUCAUUCCCUCGCUUUGUGUGGCUGCUGUUUGUUUCACACAGACAUAAAAAAAGAUAAUAAACGUCAGAAAGCGGAAAAAAACUCCCAACCUACACUCUUCCUGUAAAUCGCUACCCUCAAACAGCCCCCACAAGUGAAAUCGGAGCAAUUUAAUGGUCUGGCCUGCCCUCAAUAUUAUUUAAGUAAUACCCUGUUAUUAUUGAAGAGGGAGAGAGAAAAGCGAAUGACUAUUAUCUUUGUGGGUCCUUUAAUUUUAAUGCACCACAGAUUUAUAGUUUAGCAUUCCAGAGCAGAGGCACAGUGACUGGGCGGGGGACCGGGGCCGUGGUGCCCCACCCUGGUCGUAAAGCCAGUGGGACAGCGGGAUAGCAACGCGCCACAGAGCUCUGUGAUAGCUGCCUGGCUCUCUGACACUCCUCCUGCACCAAACAAGACAACAGGACAACAACACUCUAACCCCACUGACUCCCCUGACUCCCUUGGUCUGGCUUCGAUCACCUCUCACCUUUACUUAUCUUGAAUCUGUCCCACCAGCACUCAAACUCCUUGACCUCUCCUUUGCCCAAUUCUCUGCCCUCUCGUUCUUUCUUCUGCCCCUUUGCUUUCUUCUCUCUGUCCCCCUCACACCUCCUCCCUUCUGCCCUUCUUCUCUCCCCUCUGCCCCUCACUCUUCUUCUUUCCUCUCUUCCUCCAGUCUACCACCUAUUCUUUAAUGAUGCCUCUUCCUCUAUUGCCCCCUUCUCCCCCAGUGUUGUUAAUGAUCAGUGUGUUUGCGUAACACCAACCAAAAAGGAGACUAGACACAAGUCCCUCUCCCCCUCAGCUGUUUAUCUGGUGAAACCGUGACGGUGGUAGAGCUGGCAGAGCAGGUGGUUGGAGUUUUACUACGAGCUAAUCUUACAUCCAGGUCAUAGGUCAAAGGUCUACUACACAGGUGCUAUAGUAGGAGUCUAUCUGUGAUGGUAUUUUAGAUAUGAAGCUAUGAUUGGCUUUAACCUGGGUUCAGCCAAUGAGCAUCGCUGUUGAACUUAGCUCAGGCAAUGGACAUUGCUGUUGUUGAACUUUUUGUUAAAUGACCUCUGACCACUGUAGAAUGCCUACACUGUAGAGUGGUCCGUAGCUUUGAUGAGGGGUCUCUGAGCCCCACUAAUCAGCUGUACCUGCUUUCUCACCAGGCGCUGCACAGACAACCCCCACAACCCCUAAAGGACCACUCCCCGAUGCACGAGGACCCCAUGCCCCUCCAGGGUAACAACGAAGGGUCACAGAAUGUUGAAGGAGUCAGUUCAGGAGUCGGUGGUGGCACAGUCAUUAAGAAGCCUCGGUCGCGCACUAAGAUCUCUCUAGAAGCCCUGGGCAUCCUGCAGAGCUUCAUCCAGGAUGUGGGUCUCUACCCGGACCAAGACGCCAUCCACACUCUGUCAGCCCAGCUGGACCUGCCCAAGCACACCAUCAUCAAGUUCUUCCAGAACCAGCGCUACCACGUCAAGCAUCACGGCAGGCUGAAGGAGCUGGGGGAGGGGGCCGGUGGUGUGGAUGUCAGCGAAUACAGAGACGAGGAGCUCCUCUCCAGCUCAGAGGACCCUGAGUCCAGCGAAGAUGGUCACGAGGAGAUGUACCCCACUACGGAGAGGGAAAGAGGGGGGAGCAACCCAGCAGGGUCAGCCCCUGCCCUGGCCCCAGCCCAGCCUUCAGGGACCAGCAUGGGGGCCAUGGAGGAGGGCAAGGACAAGGGGCAUUCUCAUGGUCUGGGUGGGGGCCGAGCCAGCUCCCUGCCCCCUGGUAGCUCCUCAUCCAGCCCCAGAGAGCAGGCUGACUUCCAGAGA